ACGAAUUAUCUUCAGGCCCAAAAAUUUCCAUAGAAGAUUAGGAGAGAUCACUCUUAAAAGCCAACGCCACGAGUGAAACCUUCGAAAUGCUUUCUGACACGACCUUUACUUCUACAACGGGCCCAGACAUAGAACUGAACAAGGAAAAGAAUUAUCAUUUUGUAAAUAGAACACAUAAUUAUUUGCCAAAAAGGGACACCUCACUUUAUGUGGCGUCGCUGUUCAUUCUCAUUGGGCUGCUUGCGUUCAUUAUCUCACUACUUGGCAGAAAGGACAAAAAAAAGCCAGCAGUGAAGAACUGUAAUUUACAAUUGAAAUCCUGCUAUGUCACUUACGGAUCGACCCACUUGAUCUUACCCAAGAUUACUGAUCCCGGUUUCUUCCAAAAACGUAUUCAUUGCGAAAGUGGAAAAAAUGUAAGCAAAAUGAGACUCACAAAGUGUAACAACACUGAGAGAAACAUCCUGAGGACUUCAAAGAUCGUGAGCAUCUCUGACCUCUGGAAAGCCAAGUCGAGACAGUCAAACAAUUAUUUCAUAAUAAAUAUCAUUCCAGAAGAAGAUGAAAUGAAAGAAGAAAACUUCUAAACUCUA